ACUGACAGUUGUGAAAAGGGAGGUUUAGAUAAAUAGAUAGUUCAUGUAGGGAUAAUUUUGAGUUAGCGCUGCUGUCUCGCAUUUAUGUUUUUUGUAUUUUAAUUUUUAAUCAUACACACACUUGUGAACUCGCAGUCGUGCAUGUAUCUUUUAAAUGAAAUUGCUUGCUAGCUAACCAUUAACAAGCUUGCAAACUUGCGACCACUGGAACAUUCUAUUGGCGACUAGUCAUCUGAACUGCAGCAUUUACAAGCUAUCUAGCUAGUGUUAGCUACCCGAUGCUUCUCAUCUGCUGUGAAUAUGUCUCUACCCCCGGAGAAGGCUUCCGAGCUUAAGCAGAUCAUUCACAACCAUUUGACGAGAAUGGACAUCCAUGGGAAAAUUCGCGAUGUACUGGCUGAGACGGUAAGACAGGAGUUUGGUACUGGACACCGCCCACUUUCCGAAGAAGACUUCAUGCGAGCUCUACAACACAGGGGAAUCGUAGAUGAAGUAAUGAGGGACCUGCAUUUUUCACAGGAAGUGCCAGCCACAGAGGCUGGUCCAUCUCCUGCAACACACAAGCCUGCAACACACUUUGUUGAUAAGGAGGCAACACAGCUUAAGAAAACCAACAUUGAUCCGACGAGGAGGUGCCUAUACCUGCAGGUUCUGGGGGGUAAAGCAUUUCUGGAACACCUCCAGGAACCGGAACCCUUACCUGGCCAGGUCUGUUCUACCUUCACCCUCUACCUCAACUUCAGGAACCAGCGUUUCCGCUCCAAACCUGUGCCCUGCGCCUGCGAGCCUGACCUGCAGGAGGGCUUCCUUCUGGAAGUUCACAAAGACAGCCUGGGCGAUGGCAGCAGGAUGGCAGACGCCACCACCAUGCUCUCGAUCAGCGACCCGGUGCACAUGGUACUGAUCAAAACCGACCCCUCCAGUGAAACCACGCUAGUCUCCUCCUACUUCCUGGACUGGCGGUCUGUCUUGAGCGCGCCCAAUGGGAAAACCAGCAUGGCAGUAGAACUGCUGGGAGUAGGGAGCGAGUGUAAAGUUCCAGUCGGUGUUCUGAAUGUGAAGCUGGAGCUCUACCCUCCCCUCACGCAGACGCUGACCCCAGAUGUCAUCGCAACUCAGCAAUCCCUGGAGCGGAAGAGAACAGCGGAGAAAGAGCGUCUCUUCCUGGUUUACGCCAAGCAGUGGUGGAGGGAGUUCCUGGAGAUUCGCCCUUCCCACCAAACCAAGCUGGUCAAGAUCUUUGCGCAGGACGAGAACGGCGUGAACCAGCCAGUGUGCUCGUACGUGCGCGUGCUGCGGGCGGGGCGGCUCCUGGACGGCCCCCGGCAGGCGGCCCGCUUCGUCAGCCUGCUGGGGAUGGAGCGGGCCCCGGUGGUGGGGGGCGGGGCCAAACAGGAGCAGUGGUGCACUCUCCUGGCGUUCCUCUGCAGGAGCAAGGGCGACUGUGAGGACCACGCCACGCUGCUGUGCAGCCUGCUGCUGGGCUUCGGACUGGACGCCUACGUGUGCGUGGGCACCAAAGCCAAGGCCACGCCCCACGCCUGGGUCAUGACCCUGGGCACCGACGGCUCCGUCACCUUCUGGGAGAGCCUGACGGCACACAGGUACCUCCACCGCCCCGUAGACCCGGACGCCCCCCCUCUGGCCCCCCAGCCCAAGCCCUCGCACCCGUACAGGACGGUGGGCUGCGUCUUCAACCACGAGGCCUUCCUGGCCAACUGCCAGCCGUCGGACGCGGUGGAGCUGUGCGUGUUCGACCUCCGCGACGGCGCGCGCUGGAAGCCCAUGAGCCAGGAGGCGGUGCGCUCCGUCUGCGCCCCCGGCUCCACCACCUCCCUGCCCCCCCUGCCGCCGCUCUGCGCCUCCCAGCUGGACCCCGUCGCCGCCAGCAACCAGCUGGAGCUGGAGCUGCGCCACCUGCUGACCGAGCACAGGAAGGACCUGGGCGUGGCCACGGCGUGGGACGACCACCUGUCCUACCUGCUGUCGGCGGCGCUGGCGGCCUACGAGCUGGAGCGCUGCACCGGGGUCUCCUGCGGCAACGAGGAGUUCCAGGACGCCGUGAGGAGGGCGGUGCCCGACGGGCACACCUUCAAGGGCUUCCCCAUCCACUUCACCCACAGGAACGCCCGGAGGGCCUUCGCCACCAGCCUCAGGUCUCCGUUCUGCGACGAAAUCGUGUGUUGCCGCGGAGACCACGUCAGGCUGGCGGUCCGCGUCCGGGUGUUCGAGUACCCCGAGUCGGCCUGCGCCGUCUGGAUCAUGUUCGCCUGCAAGUACCGCCUGGUGCUGUGACCCCAGGAGCCGCCCUGUCCCUCCAUUCUAUUGUGUUUACAUCUCUGUACAGAGUAUAGAUUGCCUUGUCCUGAGACUGCUUUCACUCUUUUAUACUGUAUUUAUACAUCACUAUUUAUAAAUAAAUAACUAUUGUGUUUUAUUUUA